AUGAGAGCUGUUUUAGUCUUUACAGUUUUAGUUCUACAAGUUGUGCUCGCUGAAGUAAAGGUGGAUGAUGACUCUGACACAAUCCAAGAAAAGUCUGGUGAGUUCAAUUGCUCGGUCCAGGGUCUUUAUUGUAUCCUUGAUGGAGUGCAUGAUAAAGAGUAUUACGAAUGCUCUGACAAUUAUCAAGGCUUUAGACCUUGCGCACCAAACACCAGAUGCGCCAAAGAAGGGAGAACUCCUUUCGGGUACAACCCAUGCAUUUAUAUUGAAUCUUUCGAUUGCGACGAGAAGUCAGGUGGACACUGCCACUCAGAAGAGUCUUAUGAACGCUCUGAAGAAAAAUCACACGAGAAAUCGCACGAAUGUUCUUAUGAAAAGAGCACUGAAAGCUCUGAGGUAAAGAGUGAGGAGUCAAAACAAUGUUCCCAUGAGUGUUCAAAGGAAAAGAGUACCGAAAGCUCCGAAGAAAAAUCACACGAGUGUUCUUAUGAAAAGUCUGAAGAACAUAGUAAGAGUAGUUCUGAAGUUAAGAGCGAAGAAAAAUCCAAAGAAAAAUCUGAAGAAUCAAAGCAAUCCUCCGAAACUAAGAGCGAGGAGAAGAGCAAAGAAUGCAGCAAUGAGAAGUCUAAAGAAAAGAGUGAAGAAAAAUCUGAGGAGAAGAGCAAAGAGAAGUCAUGCAACGAAAAGAGUGAAAGUACAAUCGUUAUUACUCCAUCAACUGAGAAAUCUGAAGAGAAGAGUAUCGAGAAAUCUAUAGAAAAGUCUGAAGAAUCGAAACACUGUAAUGAUAAGUCGUGUGAAGUUAAGUCUUCCACUGAAAAGUCUGAAGAGUCAAAGCAUUGCAACGACAAGUCAUGUGAAGAAAAAUCGUGCCAUGAGAAGAGUGAAGAAAGCACAAUAGUUGUGACUCCAUCAGUUGAGAAGUCUGAGGAAAAAUCCAAGGAGAAGAGUAAGGAGAAGUCUGAAGAAUCGAAACAUUGUCCAGAAAAAUCAUGCGAGGAAAAAUCGUGCCACGAGAAGAGUGAGGAAAGUAAAGUUCCUGUUACUCCUUCAGUUGAAAAAUCAGAAGAAAAAAGUAAAGAAAAGUCUGAAGAAUCAAAGCAUUGUCCAGAGAAGUCCUGUGAAGAGAAGUCUUGCCAUGAGAAGAGUGAGGAAAGCAAAGAACCUGUCACACCAUCGGUCGAAAAAUCCGAGGAAAAGAGCAAAGAAAAGUCUUGCACUGAAAAGAGUGAGGAAAGCAAAGUACCUGUCACACCAUCUGUUGAGAAGUCUGAAGAAUCAAAGCAUUGUCCAGAGAAGUCCUGUGAAGAGAAGUCUUGCCAUGAGAAGAGUGAAGAAAGCAAAGUUCCUGUCACGCCAUCUGUUGAAAAAUCCGAAGAGAAGAGUAAACAUUGUGAGGAUAAGUCUUGUGAGGAAAAAUCAUGCCAUGAGGAAAGCAAAGUACCUGUUACUCCAUCGGUCGAAAAGUCGGAAGAGAAAUCCAAACACUGUGAAGACAAGUCCUGUGAAGAGAAAUCUUGCCACGAAAAAUCCAAAGAACCUGUCACACCUUCAGUUGAAAAAUCAGAAGAGCUUUCAUUCCCAUCUGAAGACCAUGAAUGCAAACAGAAUGGAUACUAUUGUUACAUGGAUGGAGUUCAUGACUAUGAUUUCUACAUUUGUGCUGAUGGAUAUCACGGCUUCUUGGAUUGUCCAAAGGGUACCAAGUGCAAAGGUGAAGAAGGAAAUCCUUAUCAGUACAACCCAUGUGUGAUUGAAGGACAAAACAAUGAGACUUCAGAGGAGCACUGCGAGGAGAAGAGCGAGGAAAAGAGCGAGGAGUGCAACAAACCUUUUGUCUGCAAGGAAGACGGUCUCUUCUGUGUUAUUGAUGGAAUCCACAACAAUCAGUACUAUGAAUGUGCCAACACAUUUAAGGGAUUUAGACCAUGUGCUCCAGGAACAUGGUGCCAGGGUGAGCAAGAGAAGCCAUAUGGAUAUAACCCAUGUGUCUGGUUGGACCAGACCAAGUGGUUUGGAAACUCGACUGCACGUAAGUGUGAGUGA